AUUGCAGUAUAGGUCAUAAACCCCGCCUUCUACAGCAAAAUGGACAAACUUUACAAAUUAAUCACAAUAUACAUUUUUCUCCCCCCUGGUUGCAAUGUUGACAUGUAUCCCAUAAAAGAAAACUUUUUAAACCAGAAACUGCUUUCUGUUAAAAGCCCUAUGUAAAUGCUACCAAGUAAUACAUAUGCUCCCAAACAAGGUAAACAUCAUGAUCGUAAUUACAGCAUCAGUUACUGUAUGGCCUACUUUCUUCGGAUUAGUUUCCAAUUAAGGCUCAGAGUAUCAUCUUUAUACAUUUUCUAGUAUUAUUCAUUCUCCAUUAUAUAAAGUUCAACAGGAAACAAAAAGUCAGGCCAUCCUGCAGGCAAAUGAUAGCCCUACUUACACUUGCUGAAACAGAAUCAAUUCAGCAGAAUUCAGACAGCAUACGGAGGUCUUUUACCAGGAAAAUUCUCAGACAAUACAAGACUAGAGCCAGCAAUAAUUAUCUAUGCAUUUUAAAACAGGCUUGAAGCGUUGUGCUGAGUCAGUCAUGAGGCACAUUAUGGGUGGAGCAUCUGCAGGUUUCUGCUCUGGCCCAGAUAAUAAACUCACAAUAACUCAUUUAUGUUGAGACACUGACAGUAAAUGAGGGUAAAGAUGAAAUUAAUUGAAAUUGAUGGCAGAUUAACCUUGGAACAAAUGUAAUAUAAGCAGAGGCGCGUUUAAGUUACAGGAACAUCUACAUCUGUUUCAUUAAACCUGUCAUGAGAACCAAUAUCACACAUAAAUAAGACUGAGGCUUAAUUUUGUUGAUAUUUGUCCCGUUCUCUGUCAGUUUCUUUAAAGACUGGCUGACAAAGAGAUCUGUCUUGGGUUAUUUACAAGAAAGGGUGAAAUCAAAACCUACGAUAGAUUUCAAAAUUCUAAAAAAAAAAAAAUUGGUGUGUAAUCAAGAGAUUAAGAUCCCCUGUCCUCAUCAUGUCUUCCCACACUGGCUGUAUUUCCCUGUCAGGCAUACAGUGUUUCUAUUUUCCAGCACACUGCGUCCAGCAUCAUGAGUCAGGGCAUGGUCAUCAUCAGCUGUUCCUACAAUGUGUAUUAUUCACUCACACUGACAUUUCAUUAAGACCCUGGUCACUGCCUGCUUCAAACUGAGGGUCCUAUGGAGAGGGGGUUCUUUAUGGGGGGGAGCUGGAUAAUCAUUCAGGGGGUUAGAAGUGGACAGGAAUGUUUUUAUUUAGUCACUGGGUCCUGUGAGCUGUGGACAGGAGGGUUAGAAUUUCUUGUGACAGUCCUGCAAAAGAUGAAGUAUCAAAAAUGUAUCUGUGUGCCAGCAUCAUCCACAGAGAUGCGUUGUGUAAAGAUAUAACUCAGGGUUAAAUUGUCAUACGUAGAUUUGUCAUGUUUUCUGCAUUUAUUCUGACAGAGUGUAUAUAAUAGGCCCAGACCACUCCUGCUCAGUGCCUUUUUUUAGUUAGGGGAUACCGAUACUUUUUCAAGCACGCACGCGUACAUGCGUAUGCACGUCGUGAGCGCGCAUGCUUUCACAGCUCCGUAAAUUUCUUCUGAAUUGCAAAUUUGAUACCCACAGAACUUACGCAGAAAGUGUAGCAAGUGGGCGCAACACAGUUUCUGAAUCCGCUUCCGGAGUGCCGACGACACCGAUGCCCACAGACUGAUCACAGGGCUUUUACCCGAACAGCACUGAAUGGUAGCAGCUGAGGGACGGGUGCGGAGCGAGGGUUGCCAAACCCGGAGGAUUUCUCACGGCUUGCGGACUAGAAUGCGCUUCUAUAUGUAUCCCCAUACACGGAUGACAGCCUCCAAACAAUCCUACACAGAAAACUUUCAGCUCUACAUUUGACGCGGGGGUGUUAUUGAGAUUUUUUGAAAGCCGGUCCAAGAGCAGACAUGAUGCAGGUGCAAACUGUGGGCUAACGGUGGUACUGAAAUGACUUGCUCGGCGCUGACGCGUUUCAUUGUGCCAUGCCAACCCCGCAUUGUCAGAUGCCAUUUUACUCUGCGUUAUCCCAGCGUCUGGAAUUCCAACAAACUGGGCCUGUUGUGUAAUUAGAAGUUCGUGAGGGCUGUAGCAAACAAGCUGGUGCAAUGAGAAGCUACGCUGCCCCAGACAUUGUGCGCAAUUUGUGUUGAAGCUUAUGGGUCCUGCGUACUCAAGCUCCCGGCUUCCACUUGGAGAGGUGUGCUGCGGGGCUACAGCGCACUGGCUGUCGGCUUCACAUCUGGACCGCCUUGGUACUGUCAUCUGCGGCCUAUUCGGACUGUGCACUCCCUGAACUUGUGUGUGUGUGUGUGUACUGGGAACUGACGGAUGGUGUCGUGUUAGAGGGAAGAGGUGAUUAUUUGGCCUGGACUUGACGUUAUCGGUGAUCCACUGGAACACCGAGGUCCAAAGCUGGACUGGCAGACUACUCAUGGAAAAAACGCUUAUCCAGCUAUGGAUUUUGCGUAGCUAAGUCACGCAUUUUUAAAGGCAACGCUAGGGUGACAUUGCAGUCUUCUCACCAUAUCGGUUAUUUCGUCGUCCGACAAAAAAAUAAAAGAGUGAAAGUGGAGUAUUGUCCGUCGUACGUAUCAACGCAGUGGGAUUUCUACGUCUGGUCGGCGUUCCCCCCCACCCUUCCCGCGGUGACGGUUAUGGGUCGGAAGCGGUGUGUCGGUGCAGAUUGUUCCAAGAUGGCGGCCGGGUGCUGCGGGGUGAAGAAGCAGAAACUGUCGGGAUCGCCCGGGUCGGGGGGUCCCGGCGGGGUGGGGGCGGGAAGCGGGGUGGCAGGAACCGGACAUUGUGGCUCGGAGUUGGGGAUUGGCUCCUCGGCGACCGUAGCAGCAGCGGCGAACGUGAGCAGAGCCAACGGCCUGGGGGGACCCGGGGGUAACGUUAGCGGCGGCGGCGGCAGCAGCAGCGGUGGUGGUGGAAGCAGCGGCACGAACGCUCUGUCCCCAGCCCCGGCCGGUUACACUUCAUCCGGCCUCUCCCCGAAUCUCAGCGCGGGACCUGGUUCGGGAAGUGGAGGCAGAAAAAUGGUCGUCUCAGCGGAGAUGUGCUGCUUCUGUUUUGACGUGCUUUAUUGCCAUCUGUACGGAUACCAACCUCCGAGAACACCCAGGUUUACAAACGAUCCCUAGUGAGUAUUUUCCCUCUUUUGUUGUUUUGCUGCAUGUCAAACCUCGUCGGUGGAGUCUCUCAACAGAGGUCUACCAUGGCAGACUUGAUGGGUUUACCUCUGGAUUUCCCUACAGAGUUCAGAGCACUGACUGUCACGUAAAAAAACAACCUACUUAUAAUGAAUUUAACGUGAAAAGCUCGCGACCAAAGCUUAAUUUAGCCAAGUUGGAAUUCGGGCCUUAUCGAGCAAUCCCUGCACCGGCCUGCUACACCUUUCACCGAAUAUUACCGACAGCAAUGAAUGAUUUUGUUCAAUGUCAACGGUUGUGAUAGCUGGUACUAGCUUAAGUACGGUGUGAUUUUUCGAGUUACCGUCAGUACUCGACGAAAAACACAAUUUGAGAUAGUGUUUAUCCUGUUCGAAGAUCGGUGGCUAAUGUUAGCUAAGCCUGUUAGCCACUCGCUUGUGCUGGCUAGCUGUGAGCACUAAUGCUAAGCUAAAAGAAAAGGGUGUUAUCGAGUGCGAUAGCGGCACUUAUAAUUUUCGUCACAACAGCAGCUGUUUCGUCAUUCCUGGUGUACAUUUUUGUUUCCAGUGAUACAUUAAAAAAGUUGCUGUUAGUGUAAUUAAUCUUUUCGGAUGCCCUCAUUGAACUCACGAUUGCCACAUACCAAGCUUAGCCGGGCUAGCUGCGAGCAACAUUAGCUUAGCAACAAGACAUAAAUGAGCUUUUAGAAAUUAUUUUGUAACUAAUUGUUUUGAAAUCCUCUUUAAUAUCACGACUAGUGCUGCAGUCAUAGUAGUUGUUAGUUUUACAGCAGGUUUCUUACGGUCAAAAGACUUUAUGACCAAGGGAAACCAACCGUGAUGACCGCUUUAGCACCAGCCAACAAAGAAAAGCUAGUUGCCGAGUACUUAGCGGACUGAAUAAUUUUUAGAAGCAAAAUUUGUAUCAGACCAACAUUGUCAGCGUUGAAAAACUGCAGUAAACUCAGUUUUAAAACUUUUGCAUUAACACUUUUACACGUGUCAAUUGAGAGUUGACUCAAACUGUAUAAAAUGUGUAUUUUCUCUCUACCGUCCUUCUCUGAUACAUAUUGACCCCACCUUAUACAGGCGGUGUAAUGUGAUAGCAUGAGACUUUACGGGCCUGUAACAUACAUUGGAGACUGUGGAGGGAUUGUUAACAACUGCAGCCAUAUCAGACUUCUCCAGUUUAUCGACCCGCACUUGCUCAAGAAAGUUUGUAAAGACCAGGACCACGUUAAAAUGUAUGAAAAUACUCAUAUAGUAGCUUUUAUUGCUGCCAUGGAGUGUCUGCUUUGCUGUUGUAAAAAAGUGUGAAAUGUCAAAGAUUUGUGGUACCACAAUUUUACUUCACAGACUGUGAGUGUAUAUAUAAUCAGUUAUUAAUGGACUGUAUGUAGGUUAAGUGUUGGAACACUCAUUUCUAGGAAGUCAUUAUCCAUUAUGCGGAUCAAAAAGUACUGCAUGUACAUACACACAGAAUUAUUUCUCUUUAUUCACUCUGCCCAUCAAAAAAGUACCCUUUCCAUCAACACAGAACACCUAUUGGGAAAAAAAGAACUUGUAUUUAAAGGUAUCAUUUAAACAGGUCACUGUGUGGAACAUGGUAUGCUUUGGCUAAAUAUCAACCAUACACAAGUCUUUCAUUUAUACUGAAUCCUCAAAAACUGCCACAUAAAACACUUUACUUCCAAACUAUCUUUGUAAACUCCAGCCAAAGGCUCUACACAUUUAAAUGUUACAACCAGUCUAAACUCACGGGGUGGCACACACAGAACAAUGGACUGACAUAUCCCAGACAGAGCGGCUACAGCUCACUGUACCAUGUCUUUGGUUUUCCCAAGUCAUAACCACAUGUGUAUGUGUCAGACAAAUGCAAAUUCAGCUCUGCUCUUUGAUUAUUUCUGCCUUUACUGUGAGUUGACUUCAGACAGGCUGCCUCUCUGGAUUUCUGCACAAGUCCACAUUGUGAAAAGCAGCAACAGUAUUUCCUCAGUGUUAUCUAUUCUCUAUUCAGUGGCUUAUUUGGAAGGCCAAAUCAGUGUUAGCACAGACACCACAUAAAUAAUCUAGUGUCAGUGUUUAAAUGCAGAAAAGCCAUAAAGGACCCUGACUUAAGUCCCAGUCCUUUUGUGUACACUAAGCAUUACACCUUCAUAAACAUUAACUAACGUCACAUGAGUCUAAUCAGGAUAAGUGCCUCAUCCCAAGAGGAUGCAAGGACUUAGUCGGGGAUAGGUAAGCUUUUUGUUGAACAUCUGAUCAGAGCCAUGUAAUUUUUGCACGAAUGAAAUGCUUGCCUUUUUUUUUUUCCACAUUUACUUAAUGAAAAAAUCUGGGUUUGCAUCCGACUUUCUCAUUUACUUCUCUGAUAUUAUUAGUACAGCUAAAUCACAACAAAUACAGAAAACAUUAUGUAUUUUUUAACAGGUGUAUGAAAUUUUACUGCUGUUACCCCAUGCCCAUUAAAAUACUUAAUUAAAAAUGGAACUGUACAUUGUGAGUAAUAUUCCCAAAGAAAGAUACAAAACUGAAUAUUUAAGGCCCAGAAAGUCAGUGAGUUUAACACAGUGGAGCUCUGUUUUUUUUUCUUUCUCAUGCAAUAUUGAAACUUUCCAGCCCCCCUUAGAGAAAUAUUCCUUACUUGAUUUGCUCAAGUCUGUCAGAUUUAAAGAGCGAACACUGGGACGUCACCCAACCGUCACCACAUGAAACAAGGUCCACCCAGAACCAGCCAGUCAUGACGAGGAGUGUUGCAAACCAAAACCCACCAAUGUGGUAGCUGCCAUAGACAGAGAAACUCCCACUUAUGGUCUGUUGUGUCCUCAACUUGUCCUUCUCUUGGGGGCAUUGUCAGAUUGAAUCAUUGGAAAUGCCCAAGAUGACUACAACACUUGACACAGACACAGUAUUCUGCUUAGUAACCCAGUCAAACAAUGCAGGGGCACAGAUUAUAGGCAGAUUGUAAUAUUUUUUUAAGAAGCAGUGGUUGUAAAGCUUAAAAGGAACCUUUUCCUCUAGCAAAUACACUGUUUUAUAUCACCCAACAUGAGUUACAUUUACCUUAAAACACUGGAUGUUUGCUCUCUAGCCUGCUGUCUGCCUUGUAUGUUGUUGGCAAUUUAGUAAAUACAGCACAGCUGCUCCUCCGAAUGGAAGAUCAUAUGCUAAGAGCUAUGACUCAAUAUAUGUGCGAAGGCAGCUGCUUCAAGGACUGCCAACAUGGCAUACAUUAGAAAAUAUUUGACUUCAUUUUGACUGCUAGAAGAUCAAUGGAUGAAAUUGUAGGUAGGGAGUAAUGCUGCAUGUAUGAUACCAUAACUACUGAGCAAAUUUAGAUGAAUUACCUUUGGCAACCUUUAUACUUUUAUGUGUUGAUAAAAUCACCUUUAUUUAUUUUGAUAACAGGAUUUGUUGGUGUAAUUUCUGCAUGCAUUAGCCAUUGGUUUAAGCUGGUGCAAUUGAUAAGAUAAGAAGAACUUUAUCUAUCCCUGAGGAAAUUCAAUAAAUGUUAAUGAUAUUAAUAAUGAUGGUUUAUCUAAGUAAGCGCUUUCAACAACCAGCCAGCAAAUUUGAUAUAUAUUGCUUUGCUUAGUAUUUUUUCCAUAUCAGCCUUUGUUCCUACCAGUGACCUAAUGUGUUACUUGUCCUAAGCUGGGGGAUUGUUUAUGAAUAUUUCCAAUCAAGUCACAGGACAGUCACAUUGACAAGAGUUUGAAGAACUGCACAGUUCAGCGUCUGAAAAAAUCAAAGUCUUGUGACAGUUGUGUCUUCAGUACACGAUUUACAUCUCACAGCUGUUGAUUUGUCUUAAUAUUUUUGUUGUUUUAUUUAUUAAGUAGUUAAAUGUGUGAAUGAAAACAGUUUUAAAAUCUUCUUAUGGAGAAGGACCUUGUGUAUGUCUCUUUUAAGUUACAUUUGACUUUGUAAGCCUUAAAUUCCGAAGAGUAACUUUACUUAUACUUAUUUUAUUUAUUUUUUUCACAACAUCGUGGUCUAUUUAAAAGUGCCUGCCAAGACACCUUUUCAAAAACGGUCACACUGUGUGUCAAAACUGGCAACAAAACAGAUUUAUCUGUCAGUGCUACAUGUUGUUUUGAAUAGGUUUCUAAUACGAUAUUGUUACUCAGAAAAAGCCUGAAGCGCUUCAUUUCUUUGCCACAUACACUUGUGACGUGACUCCUAAUAAUGGUAAAUGAAAAUAAAUCUUUCUGCCUGAUUAACCUCACUCCAUGAAGAUUAAAUAAGAUUUGCCAUUUACUAAUGAGUAAUCAGACAAAGUACAGCUCUGAACUCAGGGGCCAGUGUCAUAAAAAAUACUUCAUUCAGGUUUCUAGUGUUAUGUUUGUAUAAAUCUUUCUUUUCGGCCAGUCUAAUCGGAGUAAAACAGUUGAACCACAGCAAAACGAUUGUCUUAAAUUUAUCCUUUAAAUUUGGUAGUUAUUUAACUGACGAUUAUGAACCGUGACGGUAAACAAUGAAAGGGUAGGAGACGUAAUAGACUUAUCCUUUUGUCAACUUCUGGAUUUACAUUGUUCAUGGACGUCAUUGCUUUGCUAGUAGGAACUAGGCCUGGGCGAUUUGGCAAAAAAAAAUGAUCAUGAUAUAUUUUGUCAUAUCAUCCAAUCUCGAUUAUUAUACCGAUUUUUUUUUUUUUUAACUGCCAGUUUUAAAGUAUCUGUACUAAAAGCUAAAGAAACUAGAGAUUAGUGAAACAUUUUAUUAACAUACAAAGUAAAAAUUAAAGCAAACUGAAUAAGAUAUACUUAGAAAAUAUGUUUAUUAAAAAUAUUUGUAAAAUAUUUUAACUCAACAAUACAACAAAUGUAGAUAAAUACUAAAUAAUACAGUGAACAAGUUUACAGUCCUGAGUAUUUCUGAAGGAACGUAAGACCCAAAAUAAACAAAUCGCCCCCUCAGAGAUAAUGAAGACGCCUUAAAAUGUAAACAUUAGACGAUGUAAACCUAGAUGAUAUGAUUGAUCGCUGCUUUGGUCUGGUGGCUGCUCCGCUAGUUGUAGCUAACCUGCUAAUACUACUUGUGCCGUCAGCGGCGACAGGCUGUGCAGACCCCGCCCACAUUUUCAUGUUUUUCUCAUAAAUACUCAGGAAGAACUUCUUUAAAUGAUUAAACAGAUCGGUUGUGUUGCCGUUUUUUUUGUGGGCGCCGGUCAACAACAUACCUUACACAUCGGCUUAAAUGCUCGACGUCACUUUGUAGAUACCUGAACCACCGCCACGCAACAGACGUUGAAUAACUUCUCAACAAUAACAUCUUUGGAAAAUAACUCAAAGUCACGGCUGACAUCUAUUUUGCUGCUCUCAGCUCCACGUUUAGCUACAUGUUUGGUCAUUCUAUUUACUUCUCAGACAAUUUACAGAAGCGAACAGGAAAAGCUUGACUCUGAUUGGCUGUUGUGACACACACUUCCGCUGUGGUUGAUCGAGUAAAUAUGCUCACAGCUGAUCACUGAUCGAACUGAAACUUAUCACGAUCAUGUAAUCGCCCUGUCCUAGUAGGAACCAACAAGGAUAACCAAGAACUUCCUUAGUGCUACGUAAGACUGAAAUUGUAGCCAGUAUUGGUCAAAAUUGGAGCCAUUGUGAAAGACUGACUUAGUGAAACAGACUUUAGAACAGAAAUUGCUCUCAGAAAAAACAAUAAACUGAUAGUUUUAGUUGCUAUAAGCUUGACUGGAGCGCAGACUUUGUGCAGCCAGUGUAAACCAGGCUACAAGGGUUCAUUAGGUCCGAGUGUAUGUUAAAGCUCAACAUAGUAUCUUGUAAUUAGACCAGUGAGUUUUGGAUUGGAAUUGUGUAUGAACAACACAGCAGCAAGCGUCUCAUUUUGCAUAAUGUAGGUUCCAGUCUAUGAAUCAAAGAAACAAUUUCGUGCCAUGAAGGAUUGUUCUCUGAAAAGCCUCUUUUAUUGAACAUUCCUCUUGCAAACAGAUGACACACCAUUAAAAAGUUCCCAUCGUGAGUUACACUCAAGUGCUGCUGGGUCUUUUCUUUUGUAUUACAUCUGGUAAUUCAUUAUCACUCUUACGGUUUAUUAAUGAAUCACAAAGUGGUGGAUUUUUUAUAUUAUAAGCAAGAAAUUCUCCCGUGUGCUCCAUCUGACUUAUUCACACAGUGAUAAUAAAGAAGCAAUUUCAUCCUAAGACAGAAAAUGACUUCAUGAAGGGUAGGAAGUUAUUGUUUCAUAAAGGAGUUAGUUAUUCAGCCAUGGGUGCACAGAUGGCUCAGUGUUAUGAACAAAAGCCUGCACUCUUGGAUGAAAAGUGAUGAUGUAAAAAACAGUCAUGCCACUACUGCAUAAUGUGACUAACGACUGCUGCAUACCAAAGUAAUGUGGUCUGUUAAGUAACUUUUAAUGCACUGCUUGAUAGGUUCAUUUGAUUUGCAUGUGACUGUUCAAUUUAUGACCGAAAUGCCACAACUGACCCUCGUCUCGUGCUCUUGUUUUUCAGCCCGCUGUUUGUCACAUGGAAAAUAGGCAGAGACAAGCGGUUGAGGGGUUGUAUAGGUACAUUUUCUGCCAUGAAUCUGCACUCAGGACUCAGGGAGUACACCCUUACCAGGUAAGCAAAGGUUCUAGCCCGAGACUCGAUGCGUAGUUUUUUUUUAAUGAAGAGUGACUCCUAUGAGUGUCUUCAAUGAUGGUUUGGCUAUGUAAGGAUGGAAAAAAUAAUUGCUUUUUUUUUCGUCUUUACUUUUGUCCUGUUUCUUUUGAGAGGCUUGUUGUCACACUGUGUGAACUGCAUAUCUCAUUAAUCUCAGGUCCCUGGGUACACCACAGUCACAAAUGUCCUGAAGUCUGUUUUCCAUGACGGGUUUCCUUUUUUUAUGAACUCAAAGAAAGAGAAAACAGGGUGUGAUAUAGUGUGUAUGUGGAACACUUUCUUUGUGACACAGUCGUCAGCACUCUGUAGGUGAUGGACAAAAUGCUGAAAUUCUUGUAGUGCUGGUAAGUUCACUCUGACUUAAAGAGGCAGUGGUACACGUAAAAGAAUAGAGUAUGACUGGUGGGAAAAUAAAUUGAGAUCACUUAUCAAUGCAUGAAAAGCAAAAACAGACAAGAGUGUGUAGCAAACUAAACAAGCACUUAAUUUUGACCCAUUACAGUGCACGGUUUUCCCUACAUGCAACUGAUCGUGGGCGCACCGCCACGGCAAAAAAAAAAAAAAAGUUUUUAUCUCGCAUAGUUCUGCCUCGGACUCAUAUUUAUCAGCAGUGUUUCCCCUACAUUCAUUCGCACUGCUGAAUGAUUCUUCACGCACUGUGUGAGCACAACUACACACAACGUUAUUUCCGACUUGUUAUGAGUCAUCAAGGAGCGCAUCAAAUCCUGUCGGACACUCUUCUUUCAACGUGAAAGAUAACGUUCAAGCUUAUACACGGUCUACAUAGCGAGUAGCAUUAAUAGCAUUAGUAGCAUUAUUAUCAAUGCGGCACUAAUGAUUUCUACUCGCGCUGUGUGAGCACAACAACAAACGGCGUUAUUUUCGGCUUGUUUUGAGUCUUCAACAAGCGCAUCAGACCCUCUUCCACUAAUGUGAAGGGUAACGUUUAAGCUUAUACACAGUCUAUAUAGUGAGUAAUGCGGGUAACGUUACAUGAAUGCAACAGCGUAGCUCCAGGAGCAGCUGGGGGGGAGAGGUAAACAACUUCACAAACACCGCAGUGAUCUCUUUCCUUUGCGAUAACCUGUGGUAGAGCCAUUCACUAGGAUCUUGACCUGAGGGCUGACGCAGCUGACCGGUUAAUUAUACAUAAACACUCAGCACCUCGCUGUUAUUGUUUACAGACACACACAUUACUAACAGUGUGAGACCACGCUGGACUCUGUCUGUCUAAAGGUCACCUAUAUCAUAGAUAAGACCAACACCAGUACAAAAUGCAAGAGGUGUUCUGUUGUGUUACUACUGUGAUGAUUGAAGAAGCGGACCAGGCUCGCUGUGCCACUCUUUAAUACCUUUUUUUCCCUCAUUAGGUUUUAAUCAUGCAUUAAGAGAAAACAGUGGUAUACUGUUAAGGCAGUGGUUUUCAAGUCCAGUCCUUGAGGCACACUGUCCUGCAUGUUUUGGAUGUUUCCCUGCUCUGACACACCUGAUUCAAAUGAUCAGCUCGUUAUCAAGCUCUGUAAUGGCUUAAUAACGAGCUGAUCAUUUGAAUCAGGUGUGUUGGAGCAGGGAAACAUCCAAAACAUGCAGGACAGGGGGGGCUCGAGGACUGGACUUGAGAACCACUGUGUAAAGGAAAUAAACAUUGUGAAGUGCUGGUGUGAUUGAAAGACUUUUAAAUUCAACAUGAUUACUGACCAGUGAAGGAGGUGGCACAAGUCUUGGGAAGCUGGUCCAUCCCAAUGCAACCCUGUUUAACUCCCAUGAAGGUAGCUGUCAGGGUGGCGAUAAUAGAUGAUACCGGAAAAGAGACACACCUGCAGAGAGGCUGCGUUAAACUAAAUGCGGUGACAGUCUUAACUCAGGGAGACACUUAAACCUCUUUUAGCUGUGGGAGCCCCCCACAAAGCAGACCUGCUGCUGCAACUUGCAGGAAGUGAUACCAUUAUUUGGCCUCUUUGUUCUCGACUAUGCCUUUUCUUUUUUGCUCUCUUACAGCGUCUUUUCCUUUGUGCUCUUAUCUCCACAGUGCCCUUAAAGACAGCCGUUUCCCCCCAAUGACGAGGGAUGAGCUGCCUCGCCUCUUCUGCUCAGUGUCUCUUCUCACCAACUUUGAAGACGUCGGUGAUUACCUUGACUGGGAGGUAAGGAACACACGCGGCUCAACACUGUGCUUUGAGAAAUGCUUUUCCUUUUUACCUCUCAGCAGCUUUAAUGCUCAUUCAUCACAUAUUUCUCACACUUUGACAGAGAGUUUUGGAAAUAAAUUGAAAUCCUUCAAACCGUUCAUUAAACUGUUCGAACAGACUGAGAAUUAUUGCGUGUGGUUAAAAAUGUGGGGCUUGACAGAAACUUUGAAGAGGAUAAGUUUUUCAUUUCACAGCCUUUCAACCUUCACUUUGUGGGGCUGGGAUAUUAAAGGGCUCAAAAUGACAUUGUUUCUUGAUCCUUUCCUGCUUUUUAUUCCAGGUGGGUGUUCACGGUAUUAGGAUAGAGUUUUUCAAUGAAAAAGGAUCAAAGCGCACCGCCACCUACCUACCAGAGGUUGCAAAGGAGCAAGGUGAGAUCUAUUUAUGUUUCUGGAAAUUCAGCUUCAAAUGUUUUGUACAAAAAGCGGUGUACUUUUGCUCUAAAUGUUGACUUUUUGGAAAAGUGGAAAGAGAUUAAACUCUUUAUUUCAUUCAGGUUGGGACCACAUUCAAACCAUAGAUUCCUUACUACGAAAGGGAGGCUACAAAGCUCCCAUCACAAAUGACUUCAGGAAGACCAUUAAGUUAACCAGGUAAGACUAUUAGCACUAACAGUAUUAAAGGGAGUACAGACAUGCUGAUAUGUUGACAUGGCUCUUGUUUGUCCUAAGUUAGCAGGAUACCUUUUCUUCAUACGACUCCCUCUAAAACAAAUACAGACAAGUACAUUUUAGCCCCUGGAACCUUGACCAUUAAUUACAAUUUAUUAGAAAACUACAGUCCCCCUCUUUCGGUAUGUCCUCUCUCUGAAGAGAAAUCUCACACAGUUAGAUUUACAGCUCUUCAUUUUUACUGCACCAGUGGAAAUAUUUGCGUAAAGCUCUCAACCAGAACUGCAGUAAUUCUUAUAAGUUUCAACAUGUGAUGUCUUCAGAGUCAGCAAAGGCUGAGGCUAAGGAGUAUGCGUGGAAAAAGAAGAAGGUCUGGGGGUUACCAUAAUAAAACUGUGAGCUCAGCAGACCUCAGUAGGUUGCUCCUUAUCUCCACUUAAAGCCAGUGGCUUGUGGCUCUGUAAGCGUCUCUAAGCGUCUGUCAGCAUAACACUCUAGGAUGAACACUUUGGGUCGAGGAGCAGUUAGAAAAAGUAAGAAAUGACUUUCCCCGUUUCUGACGCAACAAUACUGAGGUACUGUUCUAAAGUUCACAUGAAUUCAAACUUUUAUCCUGAGUCUUGCAUUGAUCAGAACCUCUGUGCUUGUAACUCGCCCAACAGUGGAAGACAUGUUGUUUUGAAGUGUGGAGACUUUUCUUUUCCUCGAGAAUUUGAUGAUUAAUCUCCUCUUCAGUGUCUACUAAAAGCAUCCGAAAACCACGUCCCUCUACAAGACAUAAAAGCAGAAUACUGAGAUAGAGGUAAUGAGAAAAAUCAGCUAUUUCUGUGAUCAGAAAUAUGCCGGGAAGCAAAAUCACUUCUUGAGUGAUCUGCACAAAUUGGAUGCUAUGUCUCAGUUUGAAUAUGACGGAACUGUUUGGUGGAAUGAUCAAUAAUUUCUGCAAAAUCAGCUGCUGUAAACAUCAAUUUGUAUCCCUAAUAAAUUACCCCCGAGUAGGGAUAGUGAGAUCAACUGAUUCAUAUUGAUACACGGACACUUAGAGGCAUAACAUUAGUGCAUCUGAGGGGCAGCUGUGAAUGUAUGUAAUGUUGGAAUGAAAUCAAAUCACAUCAGCUAGUAAACAUACACUCUGCAUCCGUCAAAUCUGAUCCCUGCCUGGAUGUAAAACAUGAAAAUGUGACCAAGCUAACUGAACUCUGUCGGCACAGUCGUGGAAAUUCACUCAUGUCUCUGGAUAAUGUGCUGAUACUGAAUCAGUUGAAAACUUGAAAUGACAGUAAAUCAUUAGCCUGUAAAAAGCAUACAGUACAUCUUCUAACUCAUUGGUUCUCAAGUCCAGUCCUCGAGGCCCACUGUCCUGCAUGUUUUGGAUGUUUCCCUGCUCCAACACACCUGAUUCAAAUGAUCAGGUCGUUAUUAAGCCAUUACAGAGCUUGAUAUUGAGCUGAUCAUUUGAAUCAGGUGUGUUGGAGCAGGGAAACAUCCAAAACAUGCAGGACAGUGGGCCUCGAGGACUGGACUUGAGAACCACUGUUCUAACUCCUUCAUCCUUCAAGUCAGGUCUUCUUAUGUCGAGAUCAAAUCUUUCAUCUUACACUGCAUUAUUAGCCGUAUACAGUCAAUAAAGUGAUAUAAUUGCCUGCAGUGUCACAUACAUACCUUCCUUGAAUCUUUUCCACUGUAUUGGACAAAGACUCUUGAUAAUUCAUCAACUUCAACAUAUUCAGCUCAGGGUCACAUUCGUUGCAGCGUUAUAUUUCAAUGCAGAUCACCACAGCUUUCCUAACAUGUAAUAAGGCUCAGCCACCCGCCACUGACCCCCCACAUCUUCUGUUUCCCAGGUACCGUAGCGAGAAGAUGACAAUGGGUUAUGCAGAGUACAUCGCCCACCGCCAGCACCAUCACUACCAGAAUGGCAUCGGGCACCCUCUACCACCCUACAACCAUUAUUCCUGACAGCGAGCCGCAUGACCAAUCAUUGGACCUCUCCGCGGACCUUUUCCCAGGAGAGCCCGCCCCCUCCUGGUCUAGCUAUUUCUACUACUGUACCAUUUUAUGAUGAUAGUUUCCGUUGCCAUGCUGGCCGUCUUCUCUGACGUUGACAUGGCAACGGGUGGCAACGAAGCAUCAUUUGAUUACGGCAAGAAAUCCACUCUUCUUUUUCUUGGCCUGUGGUUAAGUUUUUGCAGCAUAUGUAAACCCAUAUCUAUAACCCCCUUCAUUCAUAUUUUUGACAAAACGAAUAUUAGAUUUUAUUAAUCUUUCAGCAAAACUAAUCAGGUGUUUGAUUCUGUGGAUGGAAGGAAGUGUCUUAUAGGGUGGAUUAGUCUCAUGCUUAUAUCGUUUAGGCUUUGCUUCAAUUUAACAUUAACUAAAAAAAUAAUUUUUUUCACUUAUUUUUUCUCUUCUAUUUACUCUCCUGACAUGUAAAUCAUGUAGCAAGGCAACUGCAGUUCUCAAAGGCUGUGUCGUCUCUAUUCUGAUUCCUCUCAAAAAAAGAAAAAAAUAGAGUGACUGUUGAGGUUGUGUUAGCCUUGUAAACUCUUGUAGUGAUGUAGUUGGGACUUUAUAACGGGAUCUGUGUACUCCAAAGUAUAACUUGUAGGAUUGUGAUGCCCUUUGACCGGCCUUUGCUGGUAAUGUUUCUUGUCGGAGCUCACAGUCGUUUGUGUAUUUCUGUGUGUGGAUAUAGAUGUCGGUCUACCACCAAAUUUGAACCGGUAGAUUGAAUUAGAAAUCGAAUCUUUACCUAAAGUUCCCCUUCUGAGAUUUUUUUGAAAACCUGCUCCUGAGUAUUUGAAAUGUUUUGUGUUGGACCUGUGAACCUUAAACUGCGUAUUUUAGGCUAGGGGUUUUAGCUUUGUUCCCUUUUUUUUUUUUUUCUUGAGCUUUUCCAAAAUUAAAAGUGGAGAAAGCCAUUUUGUCCGGGGAUGAUCGAGUCCACAGAUGUGGUUAGUUAGUGUAAAAAAAAACAUAAAAAGGUUGAUUUCUUUGUGAUGAAGAGGCGGAGCAGGCAUAGCUACAGGUUCCAAGAUGUUACAAAAAAAAAUACACGAACAAUACCUUGAUGAAAAUGUAUGCGUUUGUUGGUUUGUGAGUUUACUGGCAGGGAGUCACUUGACAGGGACAUGCUACUACUCAAAGCCAUAUUCUCUUUUUACUCUACACUCUGUAAAGUAGUCUGCUGUUUGGCUUGAAGUGUUUGCAUUCGGUGCCACUCGACUGGUAGCCUCUGACGUUUUCAUUCUUCAACCUCUGAAUGCAAACUUUUUUACACCAGCCGGCCUCAGACAGGGCCGCACCACUGAAUGCUACUCGUCAGACCUGGCGGUUUCACUCAUUAGUCACACGUCUCGCGUAUCGCCCGUGUCGUUGCGGAGACACUGUCUUGCCUCUUCAGAUUAUAGCUAACCAUUGUCACUCGUCCACUAAGUAUGAUGUAUUAAAAACUGUCAUUUUGAAUGAAGACACACUAAAACGCACAAUAAGAGUGUUGAAAUGAACAUGUUUGUGUCAUUUAGAAGUGCAUGUCAUUGUGCAGAUAGUUGAUUUAGUUGUUGAAACCGCACCUCCACCCUCCUCUCUCUAAACUCUCUGCUGUUCACUGAGAUCCCAUCAGCACAGGAAGUGUUUAGCUCAGUGCUCUGUUUAGUCAGCUGUUUGGCACUUGGUUAGAGCAAACACACUCGACUAAGUCAGAGCCGAAUCUUCGCAUGGGGCUGAGCGGCUCGCAGUUAAAGGUCUACACAUAAAAAGCCAGGGCUUUGUUAAGGACUCAAGAAGCCAUCCUCCCAUCCUGACAUGUGUUGUCGUCGUCGUCGUGAGUCACAUCCACACACGCUAGGCUAGUCGUAUUUCCUUUUCCAGAAUGUUUGAGGAUCAUGACGUGUGAUCUGCUCGCUUUGGGGUCAGUUUUAGUUUCGCUAACUGGAAAUUUUUUUGAGAGGUUCUUGUUACUUGACCAACAUCUUUCUUCGUAACAGCCUUUACUAACUGACAGGUUAUUUUUUUUCUUUAUGCAAAAACGUCAAGGGCUUUUGGCACUCCAUCCACAGUAACCCGAAAUGACCCAGAUUUAAGUUGUGUCGCCUUAAAUGAAUGAUUUAAUAAAUGGUGGGCCAGUAGAUGACGCUCUGACUGCUCCUCCAUCCCGUGGUCCGUUCGUUCCAGCUCAUCUUCACACCACAGUGUAAGGAAGGAACUCACAUGAUGUUUUCCUCACUUGAAUGCGAUAAAACUUUGUCAUGGAGGCUCCUGUAUGCCUGCAGCCUCCUGUUUUCUCAUCGUCUCCAGCUGCUGGUCCUCUCAUCUUUUGAAAGCCCAACAUAAACUGAUACGCUCUCGAGAACAAAGUCAGACACUGUGGUGUUGUAACCCUAAAUGUUCAAACCACGGGUGGAAAGCUGUAUGUAUGCUUUAAAGAUAAAAACACUACAUAAAGAUCCGGAGGAGCAGUCAGGUGGUCAUUUCCUGGUCCAUUAAAUACAGCACAACCUGAAUUUUUCUGCUGCAAAACCAAAUUGACCAUGCUCUUUUACAUAUAUGUCUUUGUAUACACAUGCAAUGUCUUUAGUUGCAUGUAUGUAUGAGUAUGAGACCUAUGGUUUUAUUCAUGAUAUGCUUGAUCUAUGGCUUAGACACUCUUAUUAACCAUUAAGAGAUUUAAAAGACAAAUAUGGUGCUAUCGGACCUCAUAUUGGGGUGGUCACAGCUCGUGACUGGUCAUGCGGACUCAUUGAUCAUAUCAUACUUAAAGAUGCUGCAUGUAAGAUUUUCUCUGUUGCGUAUGGCUGUGAAAUGAGUCAUGGUGGCGCAUUUAAAAACUGAAGGAUGUGUUCAUCACCGUAAUACAGUAGCCCCUUUUAUUCUGUCCAAUGUGGGUGAUUUCGGGAUCAAUUCCCUAUGGGAAAAACUGACUGAUAUCGUAGACAUAAUGAGGAAGGAGGAGCCCUGCAGCAAACCCAUCACAGGGGCUAUGAAUGUACUGUCAGUGGCCAUUAGUUCAUUUUAACAGCCGUACAACAAGAGAAAAUCCUACAUGUGUUACCUUUACUAUCCUUGAUAUAUGCAGAUCUGUUCAACAGGUGUUUAUUUUUUUUCCUACCAGUGCAAGUCAACACCCGUUGCAGGUUUGAAAGGACAAGAAGUCACACGUAGCCUCCCUCCCUCCCUCCUCCCCUCCCCUCUCAAUAUCUCCCCACACUGUGGCCCGACCUCAUGGCCUAGUUUGUCCAGGCGUGGCGUGUGUGUCGUUCGGUAGAAGGUGGCAGUAGUAGUGCUCGUCGCCUCUCCUGGAAAGAGGCUGCUUGUUUCAGAGCACAUCCUCCGUUUUCCUCUAGCUGCUGAAUCGUUUGACCUCCUCUGAAAGGAAAAGUCUGAGGCGUCGCGGUGAAAGGUCUGGUUGUGAAGGCCUUCACAGACGCUCUCGGACGAUGUUGAAGGUGAGCAUCUCCUCUAACGGGACGCAGAGUAAAUGUUUUACGUAGAGCACGCAGAAAAUAGUCCUGCUUCUGUACUGAUUAACUGUUUUUAAAAGCAUUGAUACCUCAUGGGACGUUGUGGAACGACAUUAGUAGUUUGUUGUAGCAGAUUGUGUUUUGGUUCCAUACCAGGGUUAGAGUUCAGCCUCAGCAUUCCCAGCGUGGUCAUUCUCAUAUUUUGAGGAAUGCUCAAGCUCGUGUUACCUUCGUAUGUUUGACUGAACCAAAGAUGCCAGCGGCCAUGCCCAAAUGCUGCUCUUCAGGCCUGGCUUCCUGUCCUUCCAAAAGACACCCCUGCAAUUGACAAAAAAAUGUUCUUUAUGUUGUUUUUUUUUUUUUUUUUGUGCGAUUUCUCAACUGUCUUGACUUUUUGAGCAACCCGAUUUUCAAUGAAUUUUCAUUGAGUCUAUCUCUGAAGCCGUUAAUGGCAUCACGGAUGGUUUAAAAAGAUGGUUGCAUAUUGUUGUUACUUGUUUUGUUUAUUAUUAUUAUUAUUAUUAUUAGUAUUGCUAUAAUUUACAAAAAUGAAAAAUCCCAUGGUGUGCCUCCUAGCUUUAUGGGUUUAUAAAUGUUUUUUUCCCUAAAGACCAGCAGUUAUACUUUGUAUAAAAGAUGGAUUUUUCCUUAUUUUUUAUGCCAUUAAAGAUAAAAAAAGCCUGUUUUCUUUACUCUGGACCCAGUAGCUGCACUGGUAUACAAUCGCACUGAUAGAUGAAUAAAAAAAAAAAAAGAAUAAAUGAAUCAAUAAUAAUAAUGAUAAUGACAAAUGAAAUAAGAACUACAAUAAACUUGUGUUUGAAACUUUUAUUAAAAAACCUUUAAAAAAAAAUCCAAUAAAAAAAGAAAAUGACUGUUUUUGUACAUCAAAAUAAAUUGUUUUCAAAAGAAUAUUUUGGAUCUAGUUUCAAAAUUAUUUUAGUGGUUUUCUAUGUUCUGAAUUUUUGAGACACUGACUUCUAAGAUGUGUCACUGUACAAAAUGACUUUUUUCUGUUGCAGUGGCCUGAUGGGCUGGGAGGGUUACCUGGUGUAACUCCUCAUACCAACUUUUAUUUCUUUUCCUUUUCCAUUUUUGGAACUUUUUUUUUUCUCUGCUUUAUAGUAACUUGAAAAAUGUUGAUGGAAUAAUACGAACUGGGAACUUCAAAUCCACCCCCCUGUAGAGCUAGACCCUUCCUCCUUUCUUAUUGAAUUGCUGUUAGUGUGACGCGACUUGAAAUGGGCAUUUAUUAUGAUAGUAUGACUCCAAAAGAGAAAAAAAAAACACAAAAAUAAACACACCCCCAAAAAAACUAAGAGAAAAAAAAAGAAAUUAAGCAAAAAAAAUUGCAAAAGAAAAGUGUGGGGAGGGUUGAAAGAAUAUAUAUAGAGGGGUUAUCUGAGUAUGUAAGCAAUGGCUGUGAAGAUAAUGUAGUUUUAAACAUUGUUAUUACCUUUUAAAAUCAUUUAUUCAAUAAAAAAAUACAAAAUCAACUGAAAAGAGAA